CACAACUUCCUUCAAAGAUGCAUGUGUGUUUUUUGCUGUUAACCUCAUACAUUGUUGGUUCUUGUUCUUUUUUCAGCUCUCCAGGUGAUAGUGACCAGAAAGCGAGUCCAUCAGUCUUACACCGAGGCGGAGCUGACGUGUGGCAGCAGCUGCCCUCCAGCUGCUCGUCUUUCCUACGUCUGGUACAAGAAUGGAGAGAAAAUCAUGCAGGAGGAAAGUUCUUCAUAUCGAGGCUGGUUUAAUCCUGGAGACGACAUCUCUUGUGCUUUGAAAGGACACGAGAAUCACAGCUCGCCCUCAGUGUAUGCUCUGAAUGUUCCUUCUGUGUCGGUGAGUCCUGGUGAAAUCUUGGAGGGCAGUUCAGUGACUCUGACCUGCAGAAGUGAUGCUAACAUAUCAGCUAACUACACCUGGUACAAGAAGAACCAAACACUGUUCAAUGAAGAACCACAGCUUGUCUUCAGCUCCAUCCAGGCCUCUGACUCUGGAGACUAUUCCUGUGCAGCUGAGAACGAGCUGGGGAGGAGGACGUCUGAACACAUCUUCAUCAAUGUGAAAUAUGCUCCAAGACUUCCCUCUGUGUCAGUGAGUCCCUCUGCUGAGAUAGUGGAGGGCAGUUCAGUGACUCUGACCUGCAGCAGUGAUGCUAACCCAGCAGCUAACAUUACCUGGUACAAGGAGAACCAAACACUGCCUCAGAGACAUGGAGGAAGUUACCAUUUCACCUCCAUCAGCUCUGAGGACAGAGGGAUCUACUACUGCAAGUCUGAGAAUCAACAUGGAGCGUCAAGCUCUGAGUCUGUCUGUAUAGAUGUCCAGUAUGCUCCAAAGCUUCCCUCUGUGUCAGUGAGUCCCUCUGCUGAGAUAGUGGAGGGCAGUUCAGUGAAUCUGACCUGCAGCAGUGAUGCUAACCCAGCAGCUAACAUUACCUGGUACAAGGAGAAUGAAGACUCAGCAAAAGCAUCAGGACAGAUCUUCACCAUCACUGACUUCAGAGCUGAGCACAGUGGGAAUUAUUACUGUGAAGCCCAGAACAGCAGAGGACGCCAUAACUCCACUUUACAUCUGAUUGCCGUGGCGAAUCCUCUUCCUCCAUACACCUGUCUGUCCCCUCUGCCCGUCUCACGGGAGCAGAGCAUUCAGCCGCUCUGCUCCCCGCCUCUGGAAUUCAUUACCACCCCAAAACAGAAACACUGA